UUUGAAAGAAACGUCUGAGGCAGAGAAGCGAGACGUGUGCGUCUGUCCAGCGUAUCAACGGCCACCCGGCGUCACCAUGAGCAAGGUGCCUGCUCAGCCAUGCAGGAAGAAGGGCUUGUCCGUCUGCUUCGAGAGAGUUAAUAGGAUCAAGGAAAGGGUUCAGAGGGCCUUUGACGGGAUCUGGAAAGGCUGCGAUAGAGCUGAGAGGUUCUGUAGCGAAACCCGCACCAAGCCAGCUGCUGAGAGGCCAUCGAGACGAUAUGCACCGUACAGAACGAUCCCCCCAACGUACUGUGCCAGCCCGACAUCACCUAUUGCAUCCAGAGAGUACGAAAAUGAACAUACUACAAUGAUGCAGCCGACAUCGCACUUGUGCGAUCCGCCCUACGGAUUCCAUGGCCCUUCACCAGCUCCUGGAGCAAGGGGUAGACUUCGCGAGGUCGGCAUCCCAUGUACUGGUCGAGAUUGUGCAAAAUGUCUUGCAUUUCACCGAAUUUGGUUGGGGGAGACCUCAGGUAUGAGUUCCUGUUCCUCCUUGGAGUACGGCUGCUAACUGGGACAGUCGCGACGAAGGAAGAGAAUUAUGUCAGGGCUACAGAUAACCGAGUGCUGGAGAAGCGGUUUCGGGAUCUCUGCGGUUCUGGCCAACAAGA